UCUUUCUUCCUCACCGCUUCACUUUCAUUUACACAGAAACGUUCAUUACCAAACACACUCUUUCUUACGCCCUUACCAACAUUUACGCAAUUCUAAGCAUUUUCUUUUUUCCAAUCCUCACUCGCUUCAUUCGAUCAAGGCGUUGUUAAACGUUCACUCACUUGCUUUCAAGGUUUUCUUCUUUCUCCCAUUCUCACCAAGCCUCGCUUUUGUCUUUCGCAACCGAAGGUUGUAAAUGAAUCCUGACAAGUUCACCCACAAAACCAAUGAGGCUCUUGCUGGGGCUCAUGAGCUGGCAAUGAGUGCUGGACAUGCACAAUUCACUCCGCUUCACCUUGCAUCCGCUCUGAUUUCUGAUCCCAAUGGCAUUUUCUUCCAAGCAAUUUCCAAUGCCGGUGGUGAAGAAUCUGCACGUGCUGCAGAGAGAGUUUUGAAUCAGGCGUUGAAGAAGUUGCCUUGUCAAUCUCCUCCUCCGGAUGAGAUACCAGCGAGCACUACUCUUAUUAAGGCUAUUCGGAGAGCACAGGCAGCACAGAAGUCAAGGGGUGACACUCAUUUGGCUGUUGAUCAAUUGAUUCUGGGCAUACUUGAAGAUUCUCAGAUUGGAGAGUUGUUGAAAGAAGCUGGUGUGGCAACUGCCAGGGUUAGAUCAGAGGUUGAAAAACUUCGUGGAAAGGAAGGGAAGAAGGUUGAAAGUGCUUCUGGUGACACAACUUUCCAAGCGUUGAAGACUUAUGGGAGGGACCUGGUGGAGCAAGCAGGGAAGCUUGACCCAGUUAUUGGACGUGAUGAAGAGAUAAGAAGAGUUGUGAGGAUUUUGUCGAGGAGGACCAAGAACAACCCGGUUCUCAUAGGAGAGCCAGGAGUUGGUAAAACUGCCGUAGUAGAAGGCUUGGCUCAAAGGAUAGUUAGAGGGGAUGUUCCUAGCAAUCUUGCUGAUGUUAGGCUUAUUGCAUUGGAUAUGGGUGCAUUGGUUGCUGGUGCAAAGUAUAGGGGAGAAUUUGAAGAGCGGUUGAAGUCAGUUUUGAAAGAAGUAGAGGAGGCUGAAGGGAAAGUUAUUCUCUUCAUUGAUGAAAUCCAUCUUGUUCUUGGUGCUGGUAGAACUGAAGGAUCAAUGGAUGCUGCUAACUUAUUUAAACCUAUGCUUGCUCGUGGCCAGCUUAGAUGCAUUGGUGCCACAACACUUGAGGAAUAUAGGAAAUAUGUAGAGAAGGAUGCUGCAUUUGAAAGAAGGUUCCAACAGGUUUAUGUGGCUGAACCCAGUGUGGUUGACACCAUUAGUAUCCUUCGUGGGCUGAAAGAGCGAUAUGAAGGUCAUCAUGGUGUUCGAAUUCUGGACCGUGCUCUGGUUGUAGCUGCUCAGUUGUCUAGUCGGUACAUUACUGGGCGUCAUCUUCCUGACAAGGCAAUUGAUUUAGUUGAUGAGGCCUGUGCAAAUGUGAGAGUUCAACUUGAUAGUCAACCUGAGGAAAUUGACAACCUUGAAAGAAAGAGAAUGCAGCUAGAGGUUGAACUUCACGCCCUGGAGAAAGAAAAGGACAAAGCUAGCAAAGCCCGUCUUGUAGACGUGCGGAAAGAACUUGAUGACUUAAGAGACAAGCUCCAACCUUUGAUGAUGAAGUACAGAAAAGAAAAAGAAAGGGUUGAUGAGAUUCGGAGGCUCAAGCAAAAGCGAGAACAGCUCCUCUUUGCUUUACAAGAGGCUGAAAGACGAUAUAAUCUAGCCAGAGCAGCAGACUUGCGAUAUGGAGCAAUUCAAGAGGUGGAAACUGCAAUACAACAGCUUGAAGGGAACGCUGAGGAAAACUUGAUGUUAACAGAAACUGUUGGACCAGAACAAAUAGCUGAGGUUGUGAGCCGCUGGACUGGUAUACCAGUGACAAGGCUUGGCCAAAAUGAAAAGGAAAGGUUGAUUGGACUUGGUGACAGAUUGCACAACAGAGUUGUAGGACAAGAUCAAGCUGUUAAUGCUGUUGCUGAGGCUGUAUUGAGAUCAAGAGCUGGUCUAGGUAGACCUCAACAACCAACUGGUUCAUUCCUGUUUUUGGGUCCAACUGGUGUUGGUAAAACUGAGCUUGCAAAAGCUCUUGCUGAACAACUCUUUGACAAUGAAAAUCAGUUGGUGAGAAUUGACAUGUCCGAAUACAUGGAACAACACUCUGUUUCACGAUUGAUUGGAGCACCUCCAGGGUAUGUUGGACAUGAGGAAGGUGGUCAGUUAACUGAAGCUGUAAGGCGAAGGCCUUAUAGUGUGGUACUCUUUGAUGAAGUGGAAAAGGCUCAUACAUCUGUGUUCAAUACUCUUCUCCAAGUUUUAGAUGAUGGAAGAUUAACUGACGGACAAGGCCGUACUGUGGACUUUAGAAACACUGUCAUUAUUAUGACCUCAAACCUCGGAGCUGAACACCUCCUAAGUGGACUUUCCGGAAAAUGUACCAUGCAAGUUGCUCGGGAUAGAGUAAUGCAGGAGGUAAGAAGACAUUUCAGGCCUGAAUUGUUGAAUCGACUCGAUGAAAUUGUGGUAUUUGAUCCUCUUUCACAUGAGCAAUUGAUGAAGGUUGCAAGGUUGCAAAUGAAAGAUGUUGCUAGUCGUCUUGCUGAGAGAGGGAUUGCCAUGGCAGUGACAGAUGCAGCACUUGACUAUAUACUUAGUGAGAGCUAUGAUCCGGUGUAUGGUGCUAGACCAAUUAGGAGAUGGCUUGAGAGGAAGGUGGUCACAGAACUCUCUAGAAUGCUUGUAAAGGAGGAAAUUGAUGAGAAUUCAACAGUGUACAUAGAUGCUGGGCCUAAGGGCACCGAAUUGGUCUAUCGUGUUGAAAAUAAUGGAGGGAUUGUUAAUCCUGCAACUGGGCAGAAGUCAGAUAUUUUGAUUCAGAUUCCUAAUGGACCCAAUCCUGAUGCUGCUAGUGCUCAGGCUGUCAAGAAGAUGAAGAUUGAAGAAAUUGAUGACGAAGAUAUGGAAGAGUGAAUUUUAUGGUAACUGUAAUUGCGUUUGAUGCCCAGAGAGGGUCAAGUUUUAAGUUUUUGUUCCUUUUUGUAUGUUAUGUGAAAUGGGUGUGAUUAGAGAAUGAAUGAAUAUCUGUUGUAACAAGUACUUUUUGUUUCAUUAAUAAAUUUUAUUUCUGUAAAUAAAUUGACUACUA